AUGACGCUUUUCAUUCUCACGGAGACCAGCGCGGGCUAUGCUCUGCUCAAGGCGAAGGACAAGAAGUUACUCAAGCGAGAUGACUUGGAAGCUGAGACACAGACAGCGGAAGGUGUCUCAAAUUUAAUGAAAUUGAAGAACUUCCAGAAGUUUGAUAGCGCAGCGACAGCUCUGGAAGAAGUUGCUUCUUUAAUGGAAGGAAAGGUCACACCUCGACUAGCUAGUCUUCUAGAAACUAUCAAAGACGAAAAGAAGGUCUCCUUGGCCGUUGCUGACCCGAAGCUUGGAAAUGCAAUUGGAAAACUUCCGGGUAUCUCAAUACAAGCCAUUGCCGAUUCCACAACAGCCGAUCUCUACCGUGCCAUCCGAGCACACCUUCCCACUCUUAUUCCAGGACUUUUGCCAAAUGAUAUGUCCACAAUGGCGCUUGGUCUCUCCCAUUCUCUUGCAAGACAUAAACUGAAAUUUUCACCCGAUAAGAUUGAUACGAUGAUUGUCCAGGCAAUUGCUUUAUUGGACGACCUUGACAAGGAGCUGAAUACAUAUGCGAUGCGAGUAAAGGAAUGGUACGGGUGGCAUUUCCCGGAAAUGGCCAAAAUCUUAAAUGACAACAUGGCAUACGCAAAGGUUGUUUUAAAGAUGGGCAUGCGUUCAAAUUCUGACUCGACAGAUUUGAGUGAAAUUCUCCCCGAGGAAAUUGAAGCUGCUGUUAAAGCCGCGGCGAACAGAUCAAUGGGUACUGAAAUUAGCGAUGAGGAUCUGGACAAUAUUCAUGCCCUAGCGGAGCAAGUGGUUGGUUUCGCAGAAUACCGUCAACAACUAGCGAGCUAUCUGUCAGCUCGUAUGAAUGCAAUCGCCCCUAAUCUUACUACUUUGGUUGGUGAACUGGUUGGCGCGAGACUCAUUGCUCAUGCUGGAAGUUUGGUUAAUCUGUCGAAGAGCCCUGCCAGUACGAUUCAGAUUCUUGGAGCUGAGAAAGCGUUGUUUAGAGCUCUGAAAACGAAACACGACACCCCAAAAUAUGGUCUGAUCUACCAUGCCUCCCUAAUUGGCCAAGCUACUGGUAAGAACAAGGGCAAAAUGGCCCGUAUAUUGGCCGCUAAGGCUGCUCUUGGUCUACGUGUGGAUGCUCUUGCUGAGUGGGAGAAGGAUGCCGAUGGCAAUGAGCCAACGGAAGAAGAGAGAUCUGCCCUCGGUAUGCAAUCGAGAUAUUAUCUUGAGAAAAGGCUGGCAGCCUUAGAAGGCAAACCACUCAAACCAAGGGGCGUUGCUGUGGAUCCAAAUGGUAUUUCGAUUGACCAACCGAAAAAAUGGGAGAUCAAGGAAGCUAGGAAAUACAACCCCGAUGCUGAUGGUAUGGCUGGUGAUGAAGUUGCUGCAGCAGAAAGACCUAGCAAGAAAUCGAAAAAAGAGAAGAAGCUUGUAAAGGAAAUCAAGGACGCUGAAAUGAAGGAUGUUGUAUCAAAAUCUGAAUCGGAGUCUGAAUCGGAGGCGGAAGUCAAUGGCGCUGUUGAUUCUGACGAAUCGGAGAGCGAGGAAGAAAAGCCCAAAAAGUUUAAAAAAGAGAAAAAGGAAUCGAAACACAAGAAAUCAGAUAAGGCCAAUGUCGAAGAGCUGGCUGCAAAGGCAGGCCUUAGUGUCAAGAGGUAUCAGAGAAAACUCGAGCGCGGCGAAAUCAAUUUUGAUGAGGAUGGAAACCCGACUGCAGUGAGCAAGAAAGACUUGAAGAAGGCGAAAAAGGAAGCUAAAAAGGCCGCCAAAGCCGCUGAGAAAGAUGCCGGCAAGAAGCGCAAGCGAGAAGAAGAUGAAGAUGUCGGAGAGUCGAAAAGCGAGAAAAAGAAGAAGAAGAAGAGCAAGGCAUGA